AUGAACAAACACGUCAAAAUGAAACGGAAACUGCUGAGCAUCAUCCGAAAGAGAUUAAACUGCACAAGGAAGAUAAACCGGAAACAACAACUGCAACCGAAACUGUUACCACAAAAUUGCCAUAAAAAUGGAAAUGAAAAAUGGCAUUUAUCGACAACAAAACAAUUUCAUCAGUUUUAUAAUCACAAUAUCAUAUCAGCUCUAUCCUAA